AAUGCGCUACCAGAUGGAGCGCAGCGCAGUUGACUUGGAAGUGCGUGGGGGACGGUAGGAGCAGGCUGGGAGCAGGGUAGAUGUUGGCAGCAGUUGGGGAGGAGAUUGAAAAUGUUAAUAAUUGUUUAAUAUCUUUGUGUUUUUUAGUUAGCAGUAUUUAUGAAUCCUGUCGAAAAGAUGUUUUGACUCCCAAAAUAUGGCGUCGAAAUUCAAACAUCAUGUUAGUCGCCAUUAUGGAGACCCUUAAGCUGUCUGGAAGUUUUUCCAGUUCAGUUCAUGCGAAUUUAUCGCGUCAUCUUCUUGUUGCAAACAAUAAGGAUGGUGUGAAUUUUGAGCUUGUGUUACCUUUGAAACCACUAAGUCAAACCUUGAACAGUAAUGUUUCAUUGAACGGAAUGAAAUUAACUGAUUUGAAAUAUCUGUCAUCAGAUGACAAAAUUUCUGCAAUAGCAGAAAGUCAUAAUGAAAGUCUCAUCUUCACUUUAAAUAGAAAUUUAUUUGUCAAAGAAGUUCUUAAUGAUAAAAUUAAUAAACCUUACCCUUACUCGAAAAUCUUGGAUGUGGCACCAUACCCUUUUGGAAAGACUGUUAUUGUUGAAUACAGCUCUCCAAAUAUUGCAAAGCCUUUCCAUAUUGGCCAUCUACGAUCCACCAUCAUUGGCAAUUUUAUUGCCAAAAUUCAUGAGUAUCUUUCAUGUAAUGUUGUGAAAAUAAACUACUUGGGAGAUUGGGGCACACAGCUUGGCUUAUUAAAGGUGGGUUUGGACAUGGCUGCGCAUAGCCCUGAAGCACUCAAACAGAAUCCUAUUCAGCUCCUGUUUGAGGCUUAUGUUAAGGCUAACAAAGCUGCUGCAAGUGAUUCAAAUAUAGCAGAGCAAGCUCGAAACAUAUUCUAUCGAUUGGAACAAGGUGACACAAGCGAGUUGGAGAAAUGGACAAAAAUCAGGGAAUAUACAGUUACAGAACUAGAAGGUGUAUAUAGAAGACUUGGGGUGGUAUUUAAUGAAUAUGCUUGGGAAUCCAUGUAUGGUGCAAAAGAAAUUCAAUCUGUUGUCAACAUGUUAAAUGAAAAGUGCAUUCUUCAUACCCAAGAAGAUGGUAAAAAAGCAGUGUGCCUAAAUGAAAAACAAAUUCCACUCUUGAAAAGUGAUGGAUCUACGCUCUACCUUGUUCGAGAUAUUGCUGCUGCAAUUGAUAGGUUUGAAAAGCAUAAAUUUGAGGAAAUGAUAUAUGUAGUAGACAAUGCACAAACCGAUCACUUUGUUGCAUUGUUUGGUACAUUAAAGAAAAUGCAAUUUCCUUGGGCAAAUCAGUUGAGGCACAUAAAAUUUGGCCGUGUGCAUGGUAUGAGUACACGAUCUGGAAAUGUAGUCUUUCUGAAAGACAUUUUAGACAAAACAAGAAAAAUGGUGGAAAUUAAACAACAACAAUCUCCUACAACAAAAGUAAAUCUACAGAAAUCUCCUGAAAUUACUGAUAUUCUUGGGGUAUCAGCCAUAAUUAUUAAUGAUCUCAAACAGAGAAGACAGAGAGAUUACGAAUUUGACUGGGACAGAGCAACACAAAUUCAGGGAGACACUGGAAUUCGUCUUCAGUAUACUCACUGUCGCCUCUGGAAUUUAGAGAAGAAUUCUGGUGCAACUUUACCUCAUGAUUGUGAUCCAUCAGUAUUAACUGAACAAGAAGCUACUCAGUUGGUGCAACAAAUAGCAAGUAAUGCCAUAAAUCGAGCAUUCAAGACAUUGCCAGUUAAAGGACAGGACAACCACAUUGCUUCCCAGCGUUUAAUGCUUUUUCAUGCCUCACGCUUAAUUCUCAAUCAAGGACUGCGCAUACUGGGAAUCCAGCCACUUGAAGAGAUGUAGGUUAUUGUGUGAACUAUUUGAUUUAGAAUGUAACAUCAGUUCCUAAAUAUGAAAGGAAAGACAGUAAAUGAAGAAAUGUUAGUUUAGGCCAAUGAUAUUUGUACAUAAUUCAAAGAACUAUUUUCAUGCAUUUUUAGGAAGCUCAUUGGAUUCCAUACAAAGUACUUUUGAAGCAAAAAAUGUGUUUUCACAGUGGUGGAGGCAGGGAGGGCUAACCUACAGUUACCUGAAAUUUUACCCAAAUUAUUCCAUACAAUUACUACAUAUUGAUUGCAUGACAUCCAAAGGAGCAUUCCCAUUAUUAAUAGCCUUUUUAUUUCAAAGAAACGUUUUUUUACUUGAAAAUUAUCUAUGAUAGGGAGGGUUCAAACUGAAAUUGCCCCCCACCCCAAACUACAAAAUACCUUUUGGAUCCACCACUGGUUUCAAAAUGCUUCCUAAUUCUGCUUGAUUAUGAAGGCACUUGCUCUGCACUGUACAAACCUAUUAAUGUUUCAAAUCCAUUGUAAAUAUUAAUAUUGUGAAUAUUUCUUCUUUAGUUCUGGUAAUUUAUUUUCUAAUUAUAUUGUUAGCUAUUUGAAUAAUGUAACUAUUUAAUGACAGAAAUGCAUUUAUGUGCCAGUAUUGUAAAUAAAAUGACAUUUUUGAAUGUGGAGAUGUGUUCAUUUUGUAUUGAGAUAUACAUACAUUUGUUGAUACUUUGUUUUCUGCAGUUGCUCAAUUUUGUAGUAAUGUUAUAGUAAAAUAUUUUAUCGAAUUUACAAUUGAGGAGAAAUAAAAUGUUUUUGAAAGUAAAUUAUAAAACAUUUUCCUAUUUUCUUUUUAGUUGUCACUAGUUUAAUUACUUUGUAAAUGAAACAAACACAACAUCCUUUUACAAAUAUUAUCAAAAAAACAUUAAGAGUAAUCUUGAGGAAAUAAGAGUUGUAGAAUGAAUCUGUACCUCUAAUACAACUCCAGAAUUUGUUUUUUCAGAAAAAGUGACUCUUCACAGUAUUACAUGUAUAUACCUAUUUUUGGGGAAAGUUUAUCGUUUCUUCCAUGUAAACUUCUUCCUCUUUCCAGCUUGACCAGGCUUCUUCCUUUCUGGUUUUCGGUA